AGAAAACUACGUACAUAAAUCUCAAGAUCUUCAGAAAGUCUGUCCCCUGUUUUCUCAUGUGUCUUCAGGAGAUACUUUUCCUCUGAAGAUAUUUUAUUAUUGUUACGUGUAUUUAUUGAUAUUGCAAAAUCUUUACGCUACACACAUUUGAUGAUCACAUGACGAUUUGGAGUAAACAAGGAAGUACAACAUGUUUCUGCUUAUUCAGUAGUGAAAGCAGGAAGAAAGAUUCACUGUGGUUAAUCAACAGUCAGAGAAACAAAGAGUCUCACUGAGAUCACAUGAACUCCUGUAGGACGAUAUCAUGUGAUAGGUUUGAUGCAGGUUUGUCCAGUCCUGAGCUAAAAGCAGAGCAGACAGGUACUUCAACAUGGCCAGAUGGAGCUGGGGUUUUUUAUUCCUGUUAAUGGGAGGUUGUUAUUGUCAGUAUAAACCUACAUGGGAGUCGAUUGAUUCGAGACCCGUGCCUGAAUGGUUUGAUCAAGCAAAGUUUGGGAUCUUUAUACACUGGGGUGUGUUUUCAGUCCCCAGCUAUGGCAGCGAAUGGUUCUGGUGGUAUUGGCAAGGCCAGAAAAUCCCAUCCUAUUUGUACUUUAUGGCCAAAAACUACCCCCCUGGAUUCAAGUAUCAAGACUUCGCACCGCAUCUCACCGCUGAGUUCUUCAAUGCCAAGGACUGGGUAGACAUCUUUGCAUCAUCAGGAGCAAAGUAUAUUGUCCUCACAACUAAACAUCAUGAAGGUUACACCUUGUGGGGUUCAAAGUACUCAUGGAACUGGAAUGCGGUGGAUGUUGGGCCAAAGCGGGACCUGGUGGACGAAAUAUCCAGUGCUUUACGGAAGUACAGUGACCUGCGCCUAGGACUCUACCACUCUCUCUUUGAGUGGUUUCACCCUCUUUUCAGAGCAGAUGCAGCCAACAAUUUUACUACCUCAUCAUUUCCUCAAGAGAAGUCCCUGCCUGAGCUUUAUGAGAUCAUAAACAAGUACAAACCAGAAUUACUGUGGUCUGAUGGAGACGGAGAUGCCCCAGACCAGUAUUGGAAUAGCACAGGGUUCCUUGCAUGGCUAUACAAUGAGAGCCCUGUGCGGGACACUGUUGUGACUAAUGAUCGAUGGGGAAAGGGUAGUAUUUGUACACACGGUGGAUAUUACACUUGCGCUGACCGCUACAACCCAGGACAUCUGUUGAAGCACAAAUGGGAGAACUGCAUGUCAAUUGACCAGCGCUCAUGGGGCUAUAGACGAGACGCCAAAUUCAGUGAUUACCUCACCAUUGAGGAGCUGAUUAAGACCUUUGUGGAGACUGUGUCGUGUGGGGGGAAUUUGUUAAUGAAUGUGGGUCCAACACACGAUGGCCGCAUUAUUCCCAUAUUUGAGGAGAGAUUAAGGCAGAUGGGCCAGUGGCUGAAAGUUAAUGGUGAAGGAAUCUACAAUACGACUGCUUGGAGAGUACAGAAUGACAGCGUUACACCUGGAGUUUGGUACACAUGGAAGUCACAAGAGAAGGCAGUCUAUGCAUUUUUGCUUUCAUGGCCAAGCGAAGGAUAUGUUAUUCUCAGUGACCCUAUAGUGUCACUAGCUCAAACACAGGCGGUGUUACUGGGCUACAAACCACUGAAGUGGGUCCCAUCGAAGCCCAAAGGUCUACAGGUCUACCUUCCUGCUCUGUCUCCUGGUCAGAUGCCCUGCUCCUGGGCCUGGACUAUUCGUCUUACUGGUGUAGAUUAGGAACAUUAAUCAUCCUCAGUAGUAUUCCUCAGAGGAUUAUGCACAAUACUCACAUGAUAGUAUGGGCAUGGCAAAGAAACUAUACCAUUCUAACAUUUGACUUUUGACUUUUAAUUCUGCUGUCACAAUGUUUUUUAUGGGUUUUAAUAUCUUCGAGGUUUUUUUUCUAUAGAGGAAUACUGUGAAUGUCUGUGAAUAACUACUGAAUCAUUCUAUAACCAGUCAAAAUUCGAAGUAUGUGUAAAGCCUUGUAUUUCUUUUUUGGGAUAUGGUAAAGUAAGAAUGUAUUUUAAAUUAAUCAGGAGUGGGAAAUAUGCCAAAAAAAAAAAAAAAGCAUUUGAGAUUUUAUAAAGCAAAAUGCCUGGUCCCUGGUGGUCUAGCGGCUAAGCAUCCCGCACUCUCACCCUGGGCAGGGAACCAACCCAGCCAGUGGGAGUAUACUCUCGGUGCCAGUCCCAAGCCUGGAUAAAAAGGGAGGGUUGCAUCAAGAAGGGCAUCCAGCGUAAAAUCCUGUGCCAAAUCAAACAUGUGGACCAAAGAUCCGCUGUGGCGACCCCUAAAGGGAGCAGCCGAUAGACCAACAACAACAACAUAAAGCAAAAUGUCUGAGUGAAUUAAUUUUAAAGCAAUGAAUGACACAAAUAAAAUCGAUCUUAGUGUUGCAUAGAAAAGCUUGCUUUUUUAAAUCUGUCUGUUGUGACUGUAAGCAUUUUAAUACUGAGAGAUUAAAAUACUUUCAUACGUCCA